AUGGCGCCCAACGUUUCGAUACCGACGGGCGUGCUGCACGAAAACGACGACGAAGUGAGAGCCAACUUCAUUCCGCCCGAGGUGGUGAAGCCCAGCGACAGGAAGCUCGAGCUGGUGUGGAGGAACAUCGUACUAUUCACCUACUUGCACGCGGUGGCGGUCUACGGCCUCUAUCUCAUGUUCACCUCCGCCAAAUUGGUAACAUCCAUUUACGGUAUAUUAUUGUAUCAAAUGGGCGGCUUAGGGAUUACAGCGGGAGCACACAGACUUUGGGCACACCGAUCGUACAAAGCAAAAUGGCCGCUCAAACUCAUUCUGACCGCUUUCAACACGCUAGCCUUUGAGAAUUCGGUGAUCGAAUGGGCCAGAGACCACAGGGUGCAUCACAAAUUCAGCGAGACAGACGCCGAUCCACACAACGCCAAAAGAGGAUUCUUCUUCUCUCACGUCGGCUGGCUGCUGUGCCGCAAACAUCCCGAUGUCAAGGCCAAGGGCAAGGCCAUCGAUUUGUCUGACCUUGAGCAAGAUCCCAUAUUGGCUUUCCAGAUACAUCAACCCCGCAGAAAACCUGACAGUCUCCGUGCUCGCCUUGGGCGAAGGUUGGCACAACUACCACCAUACCUUCCCCUGGGACUACAAGACCUCCGAGCUGGGCAAGUACAGCGUCAACUUCUCGGCAGCCUUCAUCGACUUCUUCGCCAAGGUCGGAUGGGCGUACGACCUCAAAACUGUGUCCGAGGACAUGAUCAAGAAGAGGGUGAAGAGGACAGGAGACGGCACCCACGAGAUCUGGGGGUGGGGCGACAAGGACCAGCCCCAGGAGGACUACGUGGAUGCCCUAAUUACCCACAAGAUUGA